AUGUCACAACCACCAACCGUCAAUGAUUUCAGAUCUGUCUAUAACUUAGUUGAAUUAGAAUUAGAAGAUUAUGAAGAAAAUGAAUUAGUUUUGGAUACGAUUCAUGAUUUAAAAUCAUUUUUUCAAAAUUCUAAUAAUUGUACUUGCCGUAUAAAACAGAAAGACCUUAGAACUUGUUUUGAAAAAGUAGGGUUUAAACGUUUUUUUGAGAGACAUUUUGAAUUAAAAGCUUUAGAAGAACGUGAGCUAGAACUUUUUGUAAAAUCGCAAUUAACAUCAUUUGAAAUUAGUGAUGAAAAAGAAAAAAAUAAAACACCAAGACAUACAUAUAGAUACAAUUAUAAUUAUUCUUUACCUCUUU